CCACCACAUCAUGUACUAACAAUCCCCCCUCCACCUCCCAUGGUAGGAGUACCUGUACCAUCUCAAUAUCCUCAUUAUCAAUAUCAACAACAGCAACAAUCACAACAGCCACACAUUUCUCCAUCAAUACCUUCUUUAUCCACACAGCAACAUACAUACCCUCCACCUCCACCUCCAUCAUCAUAUACAUUGCCUUCAUUGAUGCCUAGAUAUUCAUCGAUAUCAAAUUUAUUAAAUGAAAAAAUUCAAGGGUAUAACAAUCAUCAUUAUACAGCUCCAUUAGCUCCUUUUCAUAGACCAUCACUAGUGCCCUUACAAUCAUCUACUGCGAUUACGCAACAAGCAUCUGCACCAUCCAGUUCUACCAUAACUCAAAUACACCCUACUUCACAGCCACAACUAUCAGCGACGGUUAGUCAACCUCAAACAUCAGAAGAUAUAUUACAAUACCUUGAUCAAGGUGAUUUGAAUUUAAUUGCUAGUGAUUUGAAUAAUAUUGUUAAUAAUAUCAUGUUUGAAUUGAAUUUUGAGAAUAAAAAUAUCUAUGAUUCAACAGUCAUGAAUACAACUGAUACUGAUAGAUCCACUUCAUCGACUGCUACGUCUCCAUUAUUUCCAAGAGCACUUCCAGGAAGUAUACCUAGGAAUAUUCCCUUUGAAUAUAUCAAACUCAGAAAAUCUCAUGAAAAAUUAUAUCUUGAAGAAUUCUAUAAUGAUUUCGCAAAUAUAAUACUACCAUUCUCAUCAUAUGAUGAAACUAGUAAAGCAUAUUUCAAUCCGGCAAGAGAUAUUAUAUUGAAAAGUGCAUCUAAUGAAUCAUUUUUAUUAGCUGCUGUCUUGGCACAAGGAGCUAAAUUAUCAUUUCAGAAGAAUAAACUUGCUGAAGAUGAAGAGGCUUAUUGUAAUUAUUUAUCAAAAUGUCUUAAAUUAUUAGGACCAGCUUUAAUCAUAAAUGAUGAAAAGAAUAAUGAUGAAUUGACAUCUAAUAUCGAAGCAGUUUUGUUGACAGUUUUAUUAUUAACAGCUGCUAAUGCUUCAAAUACAAAACAAGAUUGGAGACCUCAUUUAAAAGGGGCCAAAGAUAUUUUAAUGAAAACUUCUACUAAAAAGAUUCAAAAUUCAAAGAUUUUAAUCUUUUGUAAGUCAUGGUUUGUCACUUUAGAAAUCUUAGCAGGAAUAAGUUCAACAAAAGGUGGAACUUUAACAUAUACUGAAGAAAUCGAUUCAUUACUUUCAUCGGGAGAUGAGUAUGAAGUAUCAGUCUUAAAAGAAUUAGGAAUCAUCUUAGAUAAUGGAUUCAAUAUCUUUGGAGGUUAUCAUAACGAUUGUAUUGAUCAUUUACGAGAAUUAAUUAAGAUUAAAAAUAAAAUUAGAAAAGAAGAUAAGAAGAACUUCAACCCUCAAGAUUCCUUUGAUUAUAUGAAAUUAUUCUCGCAAUUUUAUCGUCAAUCAGAAAUUGAAUUCUUGAAUCAUAAGGGGAUAUUAGUCGAAGCAGAUUUUAAAGAUAAUAUAGUCCCAGCUGGUCCCUUAAUCGAUAUUCUUAGUAUAAAUAAUGAAAAAGUCAUAAUUAGUUGGAUGGAUACUUGUCAUCAAGCUUAUGUCUAUGCAUCAAUGAUUACUAUCUUAAUUGAAUGUUUCAAAGAAAAUUAUAAUUCACCUCAAGUUCAAAUCUUAACUAAUAAAAUUAUAUCAUUUGUAUCAUUUUUACAAAAUUCUUCAGCCGAAGUUCCACAGCAAAAAUUCAAAUGUGCAAUGAUGAUGAUUCAAUGGCCAAUGCUUGUGGCAGGUCAAAAUUGUAUUACAGAAGAUUCAAAAUUCAUCCUUAUGAAAUUCUUCAGAAUGAGUGCCCAAAUUGGAUCUGGUGGAGCAAGUUUUGCCCUCAAAAGAAUAACAUCAAUUUGGAAACGUCGUGAAAAGAAUUCAACAGAAUCAGAAUCAGAAGAUGAUAAAGGAUUAGAUUUAGUUUCCUACUAGAAUCUCUGCCUGGUAUUAUAAAAAGGAAAUAAAAAAAAGUUUUUAAACAAAACGAAACA